UAUCAAACGCGGAGGUCUCCGCAUGAAGACCUCGUUCAGUGACAAUAAAAAAAAAUAAUGAAUAUUCUAAUUUCAAGAUUGAAUUGGCAGAAUGGAACGCGCAUCAACCAAUACAUAUUUGCUGUUCUCUUAACGAUCCCACUUCUGAGUUUCGGCAUGAUCCAAGGAUGGCUGUCGCCCAUGCUGAUAGUGUUGCAGUCACCUGACGGACCGUCAUCACAGCCUUUAACCAGCUCGGAUAUAUCCUGGAUGACUUCGGUUACAUAUAUUACUGCUAUCGUCUGCGGAGCUCCUCUGGGUCAUCUCACUGACAGAUAUGGCAGGAAGAUCAUGACUUUAGUCACCACAUUAUCGUUGAUUAUAUACUGGCAGAUAAAGCUGAUAUGCCUUGAGCCGUGGGCGCUGAUCCUGGCGCGAGGAAUAGCUGGUAUCCCCAGCUCAGCCUGUUACAUCGUGCUGCCGAUAUACCUGAAAGAGAUCAGCGACAUUGACCUGAGAGGAGCAGUUGGGUCAUUGCUUAUUUUGAACAGAAAUAUCGGCUACUUGGCAAGCUAUGUCUUCGCUGAUCUGCUGGAAGUGAAGACAAUGCUGUGGAUGGGAUUGCUAGUCCCAACUGUUAUGUUUUUCAUAUUUCUCGUGAUGCCCGAAACGCCGGAGUAUCUAGUCAAACAGGGAAAGAUCGAGGAGGCAAAGGCUGUGCUAGCGUGGUUACGAGGAGUGAAGGCGACCGACAGAUCUGUUGAACGAGAUAUUGAUAGCAUUGUUAAGGUUGACAAACAAACACAAGCAGAUGCUAAGUCAGUGUGGAAAAUAAUAUGGAGCGACAAACCCACGUUUAAAGCCUUCAUCAUAACUUUGGUGAUCAAAAUAUCGCAACAGUUCGACGGAUACCUGAUAGUGCUGAUAUAUGCAAGUUUUGUGACGGAGAAAGCUGCGGAAACCAUCAGUCUGGAGUUGAGUCCAAACAAGCAAGUCAUGAUCAUCGGAGUGGCCCAGCUGGUCGGCUCCAUACUGGCCACGUGUAUUGUGGAGAAGACCGGGAGGAAACUGUUGCUCGUGUCGACAUCAGUAGCAGUGGGUGUCGGCAUGCUGCUACUAUCUGGCUGGUUCUACUUCACCAGCGCAGGGUUCUGGCUACCGGGCUGGUUACCAGUAGCCGCCAUGUGCAUCUGUAUCUUCGCUGAUGCAGCCGGCUUCCAACCCAUAUCCUACAUUAUCAUCACUGACCUCUUUACCUUCCAACUACGUGGCACAGUAUCGUCAUUUGCAAAUAUCUGCGCAAAAGUCAGCAACUUUGUACAGAUGAAGUGGUUCACGAUAAUCUGCGAGCUUAUCAGUAUACAUUGGACGUUUCUUUUCUUCGCCAUCGUCUCUUUCCUAGCAGCGCUGUAUACAGUUAUAUACUUCCCAGAGACCAGGCAUAAAACCGUGGAAGAGAUCUACCAGAAACUAGAGAAAAGAAAAGAUGACGAGGAGAAUGGGUCUUAGAUGGUUGGUUGCUGGAUUACUAACCACUUUGAUAAAUACAGGGCUAGCAGGAAAUAUGGAUAGGAGUACAAAUUUAGUGAAAAAUAUCCCGAUAAACUAGAACUGGUUAACGAUGUAAUUCUUCACCCACGUUCAAUCGCUGAAAUACACUGUCGCGCCUAUUCUAGCACUGAUUUUGAGCUCACAGCGCGUGGACUGAUAAGGCGCGGGCGGGCGAAUAUAAUUGUCUCCUAUUUGAUCCAAUAGAAAACGUCGCAGAUAUUUUAGGCUCACAACAAUGGCGACAACAUACUGUUAAUAAUCUGAAAGAGAAUUGUAAACGAAAAAGUGUGAUUAUUAGUUAUUUCUAAAAGUAGAUUGUGUAGUGUGUACCAGCCCUAUAUUUUUAUGCUCUCAGUUCCAUUGCUACCAAUUUCAUAUCUAUGGUUAGCAAUAAUCAAUUGACACGGAAAUUCCGUUAUGUAAUUUUAAAGCGGUUUUUUAUGACAGGAAUUGUCGUUAUACGAGAUACAUAUUUUUCAAUUUUACUUUGACAACAAUAUAAAGUCUCACAGUUGACCUGAUAAUAAGUAUCUAUAUUUCCUAGAAUCUUAUUAACCUGAUUAAGAAUAUUAAAAUAUAUUAAUAAUUAAAAUGAAAUCUGAAAAAGGGGCUAUUGCUUUUCUAUUGUCACUACACAAGCCACAUACACGUGGUGGUAAUUAUGUUUGCACGUGUGUUGGCAUUGUUUAUUCGUGAAGACAUAUUUCACAUCUUUGCGAAGUUUUUGCAAUAAUUGUUAACAAUUUAUUCUGUUUUAUAAUGAGAGCUAUUUUUAAGACUUUAACGAAUUGUAUAGAUAAGUAGAUAAGAAAUAUUGAUUAUAUUUAAGAUAAUUCAUUAAAUUGGGAAGUCAAUCGAAUUUAAUUGCGUGUUAUCUCAUAUACCUACCGUUAAGGUGAGAUACCUAGUUAAUUUUAUUUGUAAAUAAUGUAUUUAGUUUUAAUUUUAUGAUAUUGAUAGUAUAAAGAAGCCUUGAUUCUCCUACAAUUUUAAAAUAUGAUAAAUUUAAAUAAUUUGAUACAAUAUUGUAAUUGGACUCGUUGACCAAAAUGUCAGUUGAAUUGAAGAGCGUGUCUCUUCUUUAAGUUCCUAGCGACAAUCAAUUUAACUUCACAUUUUUUUGUGAUAAGCUACAUUCUACUACGUGUAAGCUACAUUCUGACAUAAUAUUUUGGUACAAAUAGUUAAUGGUUUAAAUACUAUAAUAUUAUAUGGUUUUUUCAUUCUUCUUGUCCUCAUAUAUUAGCAAACAGGAUGUAAAUACUACGUAAUAAGAGGCAGGGCGGGCUAAGUAAAAAUUGGCAUUUAGUUUAGUAUGAAAUGUGUAGUGACUUGACAUAAGUUUGAAAUAGUGUUAAAUUAC